UCCUGAUUUCUUGCGCAGGCGCAACUUUCACGGAAAAGCGAACCAAGAUGGCGGCUGUUGUUGAAAAUGUUGUAAAACUGCUGGGAGAGCAGUGCUACAGAGAUGCCAUGGAGCAGUGCCAUAACUACAACGCCCGGCUAUGUGCCGAGAGGAGUGUCCGAAUGCCCUUCCUGGACUCUCAGACUGGAGUGGCGCAGAGCAACUGUUACAUUUGGAUGGAGAAGAGACACAGGGCACCAGGAGUGGCCCCAGGACAGCUGUACACCUACCCAUCCCGCAGGUGGAGGAAGAAACGAAGAGCCCUCCCCCCAGAGGAUCCCCGGCUGGUCUUCCCCCCUCUAAAGUCAGAACUGGACUUGGGUUUUAAGAAGGAUGCCCUGUCAUCAUCUGAUGGCAGCAGUCUGGAAGCCCUGCUGAAGGGGGAACCCCUGGACAAGCGGGGUCCUCCGGAGCUCCAAGGGCCAGAAGAGGAGUCCAGUCUGGCAGACUACACUUGUGGGGGAGUCACCCCUGCAGCACGCGUCAGAAAGAGAGUCCUGGAGCCAGAUGACUUCCUGGAUGACUUGGAGGAUGAGGACUAUGAGGAGGACACCCCCAAAAGAAGAGGCAAAGGAAAGGGAAAGGGUCGUGGAGUGAGCAGUGCCAAGAAGAAGCUGGAUGCUGCGGCGGCUGCAAUGGAGGACAAGGACAAGCCUUACUCCUGUGACAACACUUUCAAACAAAAGCAUAUUUCACAACCUUCUGGACGAGUCUGUGGGAAGCGUUACAAGAACCGUCCGGGCCUGAGCUACCACUACGCCCACUCCCACCUGGCUGAGGAGGAGGGCGGGGACAAGGAGGAGCCUGAGGUCCACACCCCACCCCGCCCCAGCCUGAGGAGCCCAAGAGUAACACCCAAGAAAGGUCCAGAUGGUUUAGCGAUACCCAAUAACUACUGUGACUUCUGCCUGGGAGACUCAGCCCUCAACCAGAAGACGGGCCAGUCAGAGGAGCUGCAGUCCUGCUCAGACUGUGGACGUUCAGGCCACCCGUCCUGCCUGCAGUUCACCCCUGUGAUGAUGGCUGCAGUGAAGACCUACCGUUGGCAGUGCAUCGAGUGCAAGUGCUGCAACAUCUGUGGCACCUCAGAGAACGACGACCAGCUUCUCUUCUGUGAUGACUGUGAUAGAGGCUAUCACAUGUACUGUCUCAGCCCUGCUAUGGCUGAACCUCCAGAAGGGAGCUGGAGCUGCCAUCUGUGUCUGGACCUGUUGAAAGACAAGGCGUCAAUAUACCAGACACCUAAUGCCCCUCCAUCGUGAUGGACCCCCACCCUCUCACAGGUUCUCCAUCACUGGUCAGCAGAGAGGAGUGGGUGGGACAGAUGAAUUGUGAAAAGGGAAGCAUACCGUACCAACCCUCCUUCUGAAACAGGCCCUCGGGGAAGCAUACCGUACCAACCCCCCUUCUGAAACAGGCCCUCGGGGAAGCAUACCGUACCAACCCUCCUUCUGAAACAGGCCCUCGGGGAAGCAUACCGUACCAACCCCCCUUCUGAAACAGGCCCUCGGGGAAGCAUACCUUACCAACCCCCCUUAUGAAAUAGGCCUCGGGGAAGCAUACCUUACCAACCCCCCUUCUGAAACAGGCCCUCGGGGAAGCAUACCUUACCAACCCCCUUCUGAAACAGGCCCUCGGGGAAGCAUACCUUACCAACCCCCUUCUGAAACAGGCCCUCGGGGAAGCAUACCUUACCAACCCCCUUAUGAAAUAGGCCUCGGGGAAGCAUACCUUACCAACCCCCUUAUGAAAUAGGCCUCGGGGAAGCAUACCUUACCAACCCCCUUCUGUAGUAGGCCUCGGGGAAGCAUACCUUACCAACCCCCUUCUGUAGUAGGCCUCGGGGAAGCAUACCUUACCAACCCCCUUCUGUAGUAGGCCUCGGGGAAGCAUACCUUACCAACCCCCUUCUGUAGUAGGCCUCGGGGAAGCAUACCUUACCAACCCCCUUCUGUAGUAGGCCUCGGGGAAGCAUACCUUACCAACCCCCUUCUGUAGUAGGCCUCGGGGAAGCAUACCUUACCAGCCCCUUGCUGAAAAAGGCCUUGGUUUGGAAGGGAAACACCUUACCAAGCCCGUGUUGAAACGGGUCUUGGUUUGGUUCUUAUAUGGCUGUUACACAGUUCCAAGCUCAAGUGACUCAUAGGCUUUUGUUUUCAACUAUUUGUCAAUAUAUCAAACCCAAUGUAUCAAUAUCCUGAACUUGACAAUACAUGAAGUUUGUUUGAGUGGCUUAAACCACAAACAGAUUUUGCCAGCCAAAAUACCUGAACACACAGUCUCACAUACAGUUCAUGCACACGACUGCUCAGAUCCUACUUUUAUUCGGCAAAAUAUCAGUUUUGCAUGUAAAGGAGACAAAUAGUUUGAGUCAAUUAGCAUGCCAACGCUUGUUCAUAAUAAGAACAUGUUCAAAGGUUUUGUAUAUUUAUAUAUUUGUAUAGAAUAUAAAGGUGGGAAUUAUUUAAAAGCUGCCCUCUGUUCAGCCAUUACAUUCCACUCCUUGACAUUCAUGUCAUUUGCAAAAGACUGGAGUGACAAGGAGUGGAACGCUAGCUAAAAGACUGGAGUGACAAGGAGUGGAAUGCUAGCUAAAAGACUGGAGUGACAAGGAGUGGAAUGCUAGCUAAAAGACUGGAGUGACAAGGAGUGGAAUGCUAGCCUAAAAGACUGGAGUGACAAGGAGUGGAAUGCUAGCCUAAAAGACUGGAGUGACAAGGAGUGGAAUGCUAGCCUAAAAGACUGGAGUGACAAGGAGUGGAAUGCUAGCCUAAAAGACUGGAGUGACAAGGAGUGGAAUGCUAGCCUAAAAGACUGGAGUGACAAGGAGUGGAAUGCUAGCCUAAAAGACUGGAGUGACAAGGAGUGGAAUGCUAGCCAAAAAGACUGGAGUGACAAGGAGUGGAAUGCUAGCCUAAAAGACUGGAGUGACAAGGAGUGGAAUGCUAGCCUAAAAGACUGGAGUGACAAGGAGUGGAAUGCUAGCCAAAAAGACUGGAGUGACAAGGAGUGGAAUGCUAGCCUAAAAGACUGGAGUGACAAGGAGUGGAAUGCUAGCUAAAAGACUGGAGUGACAAGGAGUGGAAUGCUAGCCUAAAAGACUGGAGUGACAAGGAGUGGAAUGCUAGCCUAAAAGACUGGAGUGACAAGGAGUGGAAUGCUAGCCUAAAAGACUGGAGUGACAAGGAGUGGAAUGCUAGCCAAAAAGACUGGUAGUCAGACUACCUGAUGUGGAGACAACAUUGAGAGUUAGGAGGGCCUUAUUAUUACAUCAAUCUCUCUAUAUCUCGAAGCGAGAAAGAGGACUUUGGCGUAACUCUUUUGUUGUUGUUGAGGAAUUCAAGAUUGGGUGUUUGAUGCUGUUGAGGAAAGGGAGUCAGAAUGGAUGCUGGUUGGUGUGGUGGGUGAUUGAGUGAAUUUUAGUGUAUCCUAUGUCCACAACCAGCCUUUUACCAAAAACAGUUACCUAAUCCAUUGGUAGACAACACUGGUCCUGGAGAGCAGUUUGACAUUUUACUGCUAGUAACGUAAGCAUUUCGCUGCACCUGCUAUAACAUCUGCCAAACUGUGUAUGCGACCAAUAAACGUUGAUUUGCAGCAGUCCUAAUCUGGACCU